AGAGAAUCAACACUGCUUGCCCGUGAUGGGUGGAGAGACGGGCAACAAAACGAAGGAAAAACAAGAGAGGAAGACGUAGGGGGAAAAAAAGAACGGGGAAAGCGCAAAGACUUCCAGCUCACCUUGCAACUCUUCUUACAAGCAGAAGAAGAAUGAAGACAGGGAACGUGUAGUGGAGCAGUGAAAAAAGUAUGCUGCGUGUGGCCCACUGAGGGAAGGGGAGAUCCAGAUGUUCUCUGUCCACACUCUUUGCAUGCUCUCUGGAACAUCUCUAUUCUGAACCUCCAAACUCAAUGAUAUCAUAGUAUCUGGUGCUUUUUUUGCAUGCAGAAAAUGGAGAUGGUCAUAGUGUUGUUGUUGUUGGACAUACAAUGGAUGGUGACAAUGUCUGUACAAGGACUGUCUGCUCCAUAUCAAGACAACAUGGUUGACCUGCUCUCAGCUCUAAACAUAUCCCACCCAAAGAGCGGUGUGUCCAGACUGCACAGUCCCACGGGCGCCGUGUACAGAAUCCGUCCUCGAGCGCCACACCUGACGCUCCCCACUGAAUAUUCCCGAAUCCUGCGCUCCGACUUCCAGGGAAGCAUGGGGCUGUAUUUGGUGGGCCAGCAGCUGCAGGGCACCAACAUCACCCUUUUGUCUCUCGCCGCCUCGUCGUUGACCAUUCUUCUCCAGCUCACCUCCUCCACCCCGGACGACGUAUUGCGUGUGGACUACCAAGCGGGAGGGGGAAUCCGGGGCCUUCUUUUACCCGGGACGAACCCCUUCUCGUCGGGGGAAUGGGUGCAGUUGGCCAUCAGCCUGGAGCCAGACAGGCUCGUAUAUUUUGUGGACUGUCAAGAACUCCAAGUCGUCCUCGUAAAACCGGAGGAGAAGUUCGAGCUGGAACUCCCGCAAGAUCUUGUUGUCACCCUGGGAAGCACACCAGGGAGAAAAGACAGCAAAUUUAGUGGUCAUUUCAAGAAAGCAGAAAUCUCAAUGAAGGCCUAUCAGAGACGUCCUUGGCACUGUGACAAUGUGACAGAUGCUCUGCCGGCAUCCACUCACUUGCACAGUACGGAUUCACACAAUGCCAGUGGCCCAGUGCUGCAACAGGGGGCUUCUUCCGCCAACGCUAAAGCUAAUAGAAAGCACAUGACGCCGGUCCAGAGUGGUCUUUAUCCACCACACAGCAUCCAGAGUGAGCAGCUGCAAAGGGGAGUUGUCUUGGGGCCACCAGGACUCCCUCAAGGGCGGAAGUCCGUUAACCAGGUCCACCAGGAGGGCCUGACCAGGCUGGAAAACAGGCUGGAGGACCUGGCUCGAAUGCUGGACGCCAUUCAAGCUCAGAACGAGGAUCUGCAGACACGAGUGCGCUACCUGGAGGGAUGCGAAUGUGUGCGGCGGUCAUGCAUGUGGGAAGGCGGCGAGGUGGAGGACGGCCGAAGCUGGCAGACCGACGUCAGCACCGUGUGCACGUGUACGUCUGGAACAGUCACGUGUCAAGCUAACAUCAGAGACUGUGAGCCACAAGACACGAGAGUUCAUAAUGUGUCCCACAGCGCCAACACCUGUGGGGGGGGUGAGAGGGAUUGUUCGGCCGUGCCCUGUCCCCCGCUUGACUGCACACAAAGGGAGAGUGGACCUGGAGACUGCUGCCAGCGAUGCAAAGGCUGCUUCCACGCCAGUGUGCGUUAUGACCACAACGUAAAAUGGAGGCCAGCCGAGAGUCCGUGUGAUGUCUGCCACUGUUUUGAGGGCGAUGUUCGCUGCGAGAGGGAGCCAUGUCCCCCAUUGCCCUGUACCAACCCAACGCCUCCACGCCACUCCUGCUGUCCAGUGUGCCAAGGCUGUGGUGUGAAUGGUCACCAUUUCCCAAAUGGCGCUGUGAUCCCGACAGGAGAUCGCUGUGAAGAAUGCUUAUGUGUGGAUGGAAAUGUUGCAUGUUUACCUCGACCGUGUCCUGCCCUGUUUUGUCACAAUCCUGUGCAUCGUGCCGGAGACUGUUGUCCACGGUGUGAUCAGUGCGAGUAUGAGUCUCGAGUGUACCUGGAUGGACAGAAGUUUCCGUCCACAGAUGAUGCUUGCGUUGAGUGCCGUUGCUCUGCAGGUGAAGUGUCCUGUGAGCGCACGGAGGCGUCGUGUCCUGCACCACACUGCAGCCACCCAGCUAAACGCAAGGGAGAGUGUUGUCCAGCCUGCAAUGAGUGUGAGUUUGAAGGGAGGGUGUAUGGCGACGGAAAAGUGUUCAUCCCACCCGGAAGUGGACCCUGCUUGCAGUGCAGGUGUAGGAGCGGAAACGUAGUUUGCCACGAAGAAAAGUGCCCUCCCGUGCAAUGCUCCGACCCCAUACGAGACCCACAUCGGUGCUGUCCCGUCUGCAAAGCAUGUGAGUUGGAUGGGUCCGAGUAUGAAGAUGGCACCAAGUGGCACCCCGAAUGUGUGGAUGGAGACCCCCAGUGCACCCGCAUCCAGUGCCCCCCCACCACAUGUCUGCAUCCCACUAAGACCCCUGGCUCCUGCUGCGCGGCGUGUGACAGCUGCACGUAUCAUCACCGUAUCUACGGCAACGGGCAGACGUUCGGGACGCCCGAGCAGCCGUGCCACGUCUGCACCUGCCUGCACGGCACUGUGGAGUGUGAGAGAAGAACUUGUCCGGCACUCAACUGCAGCAACCCGUUCACAGAAGCUGGAGAGUGCUGCCCCAAAUGUCCAGAUUGCUCGUUUGAGAACCACGUGUUUGUGGACGGGCAAGCGUUCCCCAACCCGAUGAGCGCAUGCGAGGAGUGCAAGUGCGCGAGCGGGAGGAUCGACUGCCAGCUGGCUCAGUGUCCUCGGCCCCGCUGCAACGCAGCACUGUUGGGGACGUGCUGCAGAAACAGCUGUAACGGAUGCAGCUAUGGCGGGAAGGAGCACCCCAACGGCCACCAGUUUGCACAUCCCACUGAUGCAUGCAGGACCUGCAGCUGCAUUAAUGGAAAUGUCCAAUGUCUUAUGAAGAGAUGUCCACCGCUGUCAUGCUCCAACCCGCACGUGUUGGCUGGAGACUGCUGCCCCCAGUGUCCUGCGCCCCCUUCGGACUGCGAGUUGGAGGUCCAAACGUACCGACACGGCGAGCGCUUCUACUCGCCGUCGGACCGUUGCCAGUUAUGCUCGUGCGCCAACGGUACGGUGCACUGUCAGAGGAAGCCGUGCCCCUUCGCCUCCUGCUCCCACCCCGUCACGCAAGACUGCUGCCGUACCUGUCAAGGCUGCCUGUAUGACGGUCGUGAGCGAGCCAACGGGGAAAUGUGGGACGACGCCUCGGACCCGUGCGCUGCGUGCGUGUGCCACGAAGGUUCCGUAAGGUGUGAGAGGAAACCUUGCCCCCCCAGCAACUGUAAGCACCCCGUGCAGCGACACUGCUGCAUGUCCUGUAAAGGUUGCAUGUAUAACGGGAGCGAACACGCCGACGGCACUGAGUUUGCUGACCACAGAGACCCGUGUGCUGUGUGCUACUGCUAUGCGGGCGAGGUGGUCUGCACCAAGCUGCCGUGCUACGCUGAGUGCCGCCACCCGUACAAAGCGCCGGGACAGUGCUGUGGAGAAUGUGAACGCUGUUUUUACAAUGGAGCAGUCCUCGCUAAUGGACAGUCCAUUCCUGACCCGGGGAAUCCUUGCUCGGAGUGCACCUGCCAGACUGGCAGUGUGCGGUGUGUCAAAAAGUCUUGUCCAGUGACGCUGUGCCCUCACCCUGUCACAAAUACGUGUGGAUGCCCUGUGUGUGACGGUUGCCACUUUCAAGGUGUAGAUUACGUCGACGGACAAACCCUGGCAGAAGGAGAAAGCAGCUGCCGGGAGUGCGCAUGCUCAAGGGGCGAGGUGGUUUGUACACAGAGAAAAUGUCCUGCCGUGUCCUGUUCUCAUCCGGCGCUGGACGGAUGCGCGUGCGGCGUGUGCGACGGGUGUAACUUUGAGGGACGGAACUGUUUCAACGGAGAACGAUUCCGGCAUCCAACAGACCAUUGUCAGCUGUGCUCCUGCCUGAACGGCGGUGUGCUGUGCUCACACGUGUCGUGUCCAAGUGCCGCCUGCUUGCAUCCGGUGACCCCCCCGGGCGAGUGUUGCCCCGUCUGCACCGGAACAUGCCGACAUCACGGGAGGGAAUAUCAGUCGGGCUCAUCCUUCCCCUCGCCCUUGGACCACUGCUCCUCCUGCUCCUGUCUGGAGGAGGUGGUGAGCUGUAAGCGGAGACCUUGUCCCGUGCUGUGUUCCCACCCCGUCCCGUCCGACGGCUGCUGUCCCGUGUGCGACUCCUGCUUGUACGAGGGCGUGAUCCGCGCCCACGGCAUCACUUUCGCACCCUCCUCCGAACCUUGCCAGCGUUGCACCUGCGUCAGAGGCACGGUCACCUGCGUGCCCCUCGUGUGCCCGCCAGCGCCCUGCAGCCGAACCGUCACUGUGCCGGGACGGUGCUGCCCUGAGUGCGCAGGAUGUAUGCUGGAUGGACAGGAGUACAGUGACGGACAGACGUGGACGCUGAUGUCAAACCACUGCUCCACGUGCACAUGUCAGGCUGGAGAGGUGCAGUGUUCCACUCCACAGUGUCCCGAGCUGGCUUGCAUGCAUCAGCUGACCGAGCCGACGGCCUGCUGUCCUCGCUGCAGAGGUUGUAUGUACGACGGAGGCAAGUAUGCGGAGGGAAGCAGCUGGUUCGCCGACUCGUCCCACUGCCGCAGCUGCAUGUGUGUGGACGGCGUGACGACCUGCUCUGAAGUUCACUGCCUCUCCCCGUGCAGCAACUUCAUCAAAGUGCCAGGAGAGUGCUGCCCCGUGUGCGCCGACUGUGUGUUUGAGGGCAGGGUGUAUGGCCCAGGAGACAGCUUCCAUCCGGCUGGAGACCCCUGCCAGGUCUGCACUUGUGAGGUGAUGCCAGACGGAGAGCAGCACCUGCGAUGUUACCGUAAACAGUGUCCCAGUCUGGUGGACUGUCCCAAGAACAACAUCUUGUUCUCUGGACCCGACGCCUGCUGUCCUGUCUGUGCACAGCCUCUCAGUAACUGCACUCCUACGCUGAUUGGCAAUGAGGUGCUGGCUACAGACAACCCCUGUUUCACCUGCCAGUGCAGGGAUCUAACAUGGACGUGCCUGCAUCGAGGCUGCCUCCCCCUCACUUGUCCUCCCAGUGAGCAGUUCACCCCUCCAGACUCAUGCUGCCCUGUGUGCAAAGGUGACAUCACUGGAACACCCUCCCCUUCUCCAUCUCUCGUUGAACACUUUUGUUUAAGAUUACGCUGGCUUGCCGCUCAUGCUGCAGAAUGUGUGAUCGAGGGUCAGAACCGACGCGUGGCGAGCGGCAGCAGUUGGACGGACAGCGACGACAACUGUGUCACUUGCACCUGUAAUUUGGGCUACAUUGAGUGCAGCAUUGAGGAUUGUUCAUCCGCACCUUGUCCCGAUGGUCAGAAACAAGUGAAGUUACCAGGGAAAUGCUGCCAUGAAUGUCAAGACUGGGGCGUGUCGUGUGUGCACCAGGGCACGGUGUACCUGUCCAACGAGCAGUGGCAGGUGGACGAAUGCACCGGCUGCACGUGUAUGUCUGGAGACGUGCACUGUCACAGUGAACGCUGCCCUCCCCUUACUUGCAAUACGGAUGAGAUGCUGUCAGUGGUGCCAGGCUUGUGCUGCCCUCACUGCCUCCCCCGGCCGGCCACGUGCAUCGCGUUCGGCGACCCUCACUACCGCACCUUUGACGGGCGCAUGCUCCACUUUCAGGGAGCGUGCACCUACGUCCUGGCGCAGGACUGCAAGGGCGGAGACUUCAGCAUCCACGCCACGAACGAGGACCGCGGUCGUCAAGGUGUGUCGUGGACCAAAGAGGUGACUGUCUUCAUUGGUGAUGUCACAGUGUGGCUGCUGCAGGAUUGGCUCGUAAAGGUAGACGACGAGACGGUGACGUUGCCGUUCCUCAGAGAACCGUACAUCUACGUGGAACGGAAGGCCAACAGCAUCCUGCUCAACACCAAUAUCGGCCUCAAGGUGCUGUGGAACGGCCGUUCCCACCUGGAGGUUAGCGUUCCAGGCUCCUACAAGGGACACACCUGCGGCCUCUGUGGAAACUUCAACAACUACCACCAGGAUGACCUGCGCAUGCCCAGCGGACAGAUAAGCCUGUCGGAAGCGGACUUCGGCAACAGCUGGCGGGUGACAAACGGAAGUCGCUCCCUCGCUUCUUGCCGCCCGGGCGAGGACGUGGACCCCUGCAAGCAGGCGGGCUACCACGCCCGCAAAAGCGCCAACGCUCGCUGCAAGGAACUCAAGUCGCCCGCGUUCAGGCCGUGCCACCGCGUGGUGCCUCCCGAGGCCUGGUACGCGGCCUGUGUGUACGACCUGUGCGCUUGCGGGGCCAACACUGACGAGUGUCUGUGCGACGUGCUGGAGGCCUACGCCGGACAGUGUCGGGAGGCCGGGGUGGUCCUGCAGUGGAGGGGACCCUCGCUGUGCGCGGUGGGCUGCCCGGCGGAGAGGGGCUUCGUGUUCGACGAGUGCGGCCCGCCGUGCCCCGUCACCUGCUUCAACGCGGCCGUCCCGCUGGGGCUGAUCGAGAGCCACUGUUUCAAGCCCUGCGUGCCCGGCUGCCAGUGCCCCGCCGGCCUGGUGCUGCACAACAACCGUUGCGUCCAUCCCAGCAAGUGCCCCAAGAUCAUCCACGGCAACCAGUCGUGACACUUUCAGUCAGACGACAAAAGACUGCAGUCGACAUCCUUGAAGCGAUCCAUUUUCUAAAGCUCUUAUCCUCACUAGGCUCUCUUUGCUGACUUCUGGCCGAGAGGCAGGGUACGCCCUGGACUGGUGGCCAGCCAAUCGCAGGGCGCAUAGAGACAAACAAGCAUUUCCACCUCAUGCCGAUUGAGAGUCAUGCACGUUUUGGGGAUGUGCGAGGAAGCCGCAGCACCCAGAACCUCCACUGCAAAGUAGUAACAGGGAGGCCGGAACCGAAAUUUAAACCCUGAACCUCAGAACGGUGAGGCAGACUCACCAACCACUACUUCAUCGUGCUGCCCGCUUUCAACCGAGUGACUGAAUAUGCAGUGCCAUUUAUAGACCACAAGGUGUAAUACUUUAACUUGAACGUUCACUUUGUUUUUGUUUUUUAACACACAUUUCUAAAAUAUGGUGUUUAUAUACUGUGUUCCAAAUGGACAUACGUGUUCUUCAAGCACAUUAUCUCAGGUUGUUGUUGAAUGAAUAAAGUUCUUACUGCUAAUGUC